UUCUCUUUCUUUCGUAUCUAAGACAUUAUUCGUUUGCGUAAUCGAAAGACCAAUCUUCUCUCUUCACCUUUUUCUCCUCUCCCAUGGCUCGUACCAAGCAAACCGCUCGCAAGUCCACCGGUGGAAAGGCUCCAAGGAAGCAGCUCGCCACAAAGGCUGCGAGAAAAUCUGCACCGACUACCGGUGGCGUGAAGAAGCCCCAUCGCUAUCGUCCUGGAACCGUCGCUCUUCGUGAGAUCCGUAAGUACCAGAAGAGCACAGAGCUACUGAUCCGCAAACUUCCAUUCCAGCGUCUGGUUCGUGAAAUCGCCCAAGAUUUCAAGACUGAUCUGAGGUUCCAGAGCCACGCUGUUCUUGCACUUCAGGAAGCCGCUGAGGCUUAUUUGGUUGGUUUGUUUGAGGACACCAAUUUGUGUGCAAUUCACGCCAAGAGGGUCACCAUUAUGCCUAAAGAUAUUCAACUGGCACGCCGUAUCCGUGGAGAACGUGCUUAGGCCAAUUUUAUGAAGCAUUCGUAUUUCUUAGUUUCGCAUUAUAUUUCUUUCUUUUAGGGUUUUAGUUUUAUCUGAGUUUCAUAUGUGAUGUACAGAAGAUACACUAUAUCAACUAGUUCUUAGCAUUUCUACAUCCUAAUGACUGAUGUUUGACUAA